AUGGCGCGGACGCCGGGAUUGAUGAAUGCUACGAGAGACUCCCUGCUAUUCACUGGGCUGCCAGGUCUGGCAAUUCAACCCUUGUUAAGCUCCGGAUCCCGGGCUGACUCAACUCCCGAGGGUAUCCCAGGAAAGCAAACACCACCUUUGCACGUAUGCCUGAUGACAAGGGAUGAUCUAGGUGUUGUUCAGGUACUUCUUGGCGCGGGUGCCUCUGUAUCUGCUCAACGGGUGGAUGGGCGUUCGGCUUUGCAUCUGGCAUCCAAUCAUCCUCCUCAGCUUGCAAUGAUGCUGAUUCAGGCCGGAGCGGAUGUCAAUGCAAGGUCCGAGAAUGGCUGCACACCAUUUCAUGAUGCAGCCACUGCCGGAAACUUGGGGGUAAUCGAGCUGCUACUUGAAAUCACUCCAGGCUGGAUGUAG